GAGUGCUUUCCGGUCGAAGAUACAUUGUGCUCAAUGUGCUGACGGGAUCAUUUUUUAAACUUUCCUUCUGGGGACCAACUAGUGUUCUAGGGGCUGACUCUGGAUCAGCAUUCCAGUUUAUUGUCUACGCCAGACAUUUGGGUGUGGAGCAAGCCGGAAGUGGGUUGAAAAGGAAAGAGCUGAACCAAGCGGGCAGGGCAUAGUGAUUUAGAGACAGGGGAGAGAACGGACAGCAAAUCCCUUGUUAAGCCAAUUUUGAAUUCAUUCAUUCAUUCGUUUGAUUGAGCUUAAAUUGUAACCGCGUGCAAUUGAAAGAAUUCGACUCAUUUUCCACAGCGGAAGCCAAUGAAUUAGGACUGUUAGCUUGCCACGUCUGUAGAAUAAAAAAAACCACACAAAAAUAUUUGCGUCUUCCUGGUAAAUGAUAGCAGCAGAAACUAUUUAAAAUAUCUAACCGGAUUAGGCUACUUUGAAAACACGAAUUUUGGACGAAAUUCGGUUAGACCAGUGUCAAUCUUAAAUGCGUUAUUGAGUGUCCCUGCUGUUUGGAGGAAGAACGCAUAUUCCCACGCCACUACCCUACUACAAUCAACGUUUGACCAUUUGGCAGGGCGUUGCUGCUUUUUUUCUCUCCCGUUCUGAAGAACUCGUGCCGAAGUUGUAAAACUUUUUUAAAGAAGGGGAAACAAACUAACUAGGACUAACCUACUCUCACAAACAAAAUAAAAUGUCUGGAAACAACAGUAUCGACGCAGUUAAGCGAAAGAUCAAAGUUUUACAGCAACAGGCAGAUGAAGCCGAAGAACGAGCUGAACUUCUUCAGAGACAGGUCGAGGUGGAGAAAACAUCAAGAGAACAGGCUGAGGCUGAAGUUGCUUCCCUGAACAGGCGUAUCCAGCUGGUUGAGGAGGAGUUGGACAGGGCCCAGGAGAGACUGGCGACCGCUCUGCAGAAACUGGAGGAGGCAGAAAAGGCUGCAGAUGAAAGUGAGAGGGGCAUGAAGGUGAUUGAGAACAGGGCCCUGAAGGAUGAAGAGAAGAUGGAGCUACAGGAGAUCCAGCUGAAAGAGGCCAAGCACAUUGCUGAGGAGGCUGACCGCAAGUAUGAGGAGGUGGCUCGUAAGCUGCUGAUCAUCGAGGGGGAUCACGAGCGCACGGAGGAGAGGGCAGAGCUUGCUGAGGCUAAAUGUGCUGAACUGGAGGAGGAGCUGAAAAACGUCACCAAUAACCUUAAGUCCCUGGAGGCCCAGGCAGAGAAGUACUCCCAGAAGGAGGACAAGUAUGAGGAAGAGAUCAAGAUCCUGACUGACAAGCUCAAAGAGGCUGAGACUCGUGCUGAGUUUGCUGAGAGGUCUGUGGCCAAGCUGGAAAAGACCAUCGAUGAUCUGGAAGAGAGACUGGCCAAUGCCAAGGAGGAGAACCUCAAGAUCCAUGCCACCCUGGACCAGACCCUGCAGGACCUCAACAGCUUCUGAGAACCCCCCCCCCCUCCGACUUCUCUCUUUCUGUCUCUCCUUUCUCCUCACUCUGCUGUUGUUGGGGAUUUACCCUUGUGAUGCUGAAGCAUGCCAAAACCACUAUUUACUAUGACACCUUUAUUCUCAACAGCUUUGAUUGUUCUUGUUACAGAGUUCAUCAAUGUGACACAUUGUGGAAGGGCUUGCCUUUAUCCAUUGGAAUGGUCUUAAGUAUGACCGAGUGUCCCUAUUAAUGUGGUCUACUAUGCCAUCUUCUCCUUGCUUGAAUGUGGCUAGCAUGACUGCCUUUAAGGAUUCCUUGCCAAGUUAACGAGAACACUGUCUGUCCACUCACCCAUAGAAUAUCCCAUUUUGGUUUCUAUCCAUUCAAGAUCAACCAUAGAAAAUGGGGAAACGGGCACAUGAUUUUUCUAGCCAUUUACUACAUAGGAUUAUUCACUUCUGACUUCAGUCCUGCCGUUGUAUUCCAUGGACUGGUUCUGUUUUCUUCUGUAUCACCUUCCUUUAAUGACUAAACCCUCAAAGUUCACACAUCUGAAAGUGCUGAAGUGGUAACUACGUUGCUUUGGCAUUUGCAAUCCUUUGAUUAGUAAACACCAAAAAAGUAUAUAGUGGAUAGGGUCCAAAAUGGAACUAGGCUUCUUUCCGUCCUUAUAUACAGUAUAUCCCUUUUAUCCCACCCUUUGCCUACUUUACACCAAUAUAGUCUGGGACAAAAACCACAUUGGGUGGUCUGAAUUUGAUGAUGUCCAAGCGGUAUCAUGCAAUCAAGUUAGUUGUUUUUGUGUUUUUCCUAUUCCUUGGGGAUAUGCACAAUUUGUUUGAUAUUUUGCCCAAUGUAUGUGUUUUCUCCUACUGAAACCAUAGCCACAAUCAAAAAAGUGCUGCACUUGUAUGACACUUAAUUAUUCGGCCUCAACUCUCCAAUUCUGAACUUUUUUAAGCGAAUUGGUCUUUUGACCUAUUACAUCAGAUAUUUUCCAGAGGUUAUUGGUCAAACGAUAUCAGAAUUGGGUUGCCUGUUAAUGCAGCCUUUAGUUUGAGAAGUUUAUAGUGAGGUUGUUGGGUUCACAAAUCAAUGGCUAUCACUUUGCCCGUACCAAGCCAAUUAUAGAAAAUGGGUGGGGGAUUUAAACCUAUACUUUAAGUAGGAUUUAAACUACAACACGUAAAAUAAUUCACCUCAAUGUUUUAACUGGAAAUUCACCAGAGAUGUAUAACCACUUUGUCUUGUUCCAUUGUAAUGACGUUUUCUUUGUUGAAUAAAGACCAUGAUUUUUACUGCCAUACAAAA